UUAAUGGUAAAACAAGAGGGACACCAUUUUCCUUUUAUUCCCAUCCAAAAUUAAAUAAAUUUCAUGGACGUUUUUAUGGAUUUAUAAUUAGAUCUAGAAUAUAUGUUACAGUUUAAUGAAAAAAAGCUCAACAACAAGAGUUUUAUAGUCUACAUGUUUUGUUAUUACUGGAAUUUGAAAAGGUAUCUCUAAGCUCAGCUUUACAAGAGGCUCAUUUAGUUUUAAUUCAUGUCCAGACCCCCUAUCAUGCCUGCCCCUAUGGAAAGAGAGCCAAUGAUGCCAGGUCCAAGGGAACCAAUGAUGCCAGGCCCAAUGUCAAUGGCAGGACCAAUGCCAGGCCCUAUGCCUGGUCCUAUGUCAAUGUCAGGUCCAAUGUCAAUGGCUGGUCCUAUGCAAGGUCCAAUGUCUGGCCCUAUGCCUGGACCCAUGCCAGGUUCAAUGCCAGGCCCUAUGCCAGGUCCCAUGCCUAUGUUUAUGGACAGAGAUCACAUGAUACCGCGUCCAACACCUUACAUGGGACAACCUGACUACAGGAUAUAUGAGCUUAAUAAACGACUGCAGCAUCGCACUGAGGACAGUGAUAAUUUGUGGUGGGAUUCUUUUACAACUGAAUUUUUUGAAGAUGAUGCUCAGCUUACGCUAACCUUUUGUCUUGAAGAUGGUCCUAAGAGAUACACCAUAGGAAGAACGUUAAUACCACGAUAUUUUCGUAGCAUAUUUGAAGGAGGAGUUACUGAUUUGCAUUAUGUGUUAAAGUAUCCCAAGGAGUCAUUUCACAACACAACAAUUACAUUGGAUUGUGAUCAUGCACUUAUGGUCACUCAGCAUGGAAAACCAAUGUUCACAAACCAGGUAAUUACAGAAGGUCGACUGAUAUUAGAAUUUACCUUUGAUGACCUUAUGCGAAUUCGUUCAUGGCAUUUUGCUAUAAGGCAGCACAGAGAGCUUAUUCCACGUAGUGUGAUCGGCAUGCAGCAAGAUCCAACAAUGGUGGAACAGCUUUCAAAAAAUAUCACAAGAAUGGGUCUGACAAAUUAUACAUUAAACUUCCUGAGGCUGUGUGUAAUAUUGGAACCUAUGCAGGAGUUGAUGUCCCGACAUAAAGCAUAUGGCCUAAAUCCACGAGAUUGUUUAAAAACUACUCUCUUUCAAAAAUGGCAGCGAAUGGUGGCGCCGCCAGGUAAAGAAUCUGCUCGCCCGCCUAAUAAGCGUAGAAAGCGCAAAGGCUCUACUGGAAACAAUGCAGGUACAGGAAACAUGAAUAACCGGGAUGCUCCACCAUCAGGGAAACAAAAGCGUUCACCAGGGCCUCAAGGUUUUAAUUUGGGCUCUACUGUACCUGGCGAUGUUAUGGUUGUUGGUGAGCCAACUUUGAUGGGUGGUGAGUUUGGAGAUGAGGAUGAACGCCUUAUCACACGACUCGAGAACUCACAGUUUGAGCCCACAAAUAAUGAUGAUAAUGCUGACAAGUUUCACAAUUCACCUGCAAUUCAACAAAGUCCAUGGGGUGGAGACAAGAACACACCCCAACCAUCAACAGCUACCACAACACCUACAACCAAUACGCCACUGACUGAGGCAGAGAUCAAACAAGAAUAGAUGUAUCAUACAUGUAUCAUUCAUUAUUGUAUCAAAUCAUAUAUUUUGUUUUUUUUGUGAAAUGGCUGUUUGUAAAGACUGAAAGGUACCAUCUUAAGUUAUUUUUUUUUUCUUUCGCAUCUGAAACUUUUCAAUAUGUAUUCCCAAGGGGACUUUUUUUUGGUCAAAUUGAGGUUAAUUUUAAGAAAAUUACGGCCAAAAAUAUCUGAAAAAGAAACUGCUGUAUUUAAAGAAGCUACUUAAUUGCCUCUUCUGCAUUAUACUAUUCAAACACUGCAGGAAUGCUUAAAGUUUUGACACAAUUGAAAGAAUGUCAAGUCUGACUAGGUAACUUUUUUCCUGUUCAUGCCCUAAUGUAAAAUUUAAAAUAAAAAUAUUUUCCCUCAUGCUCAGUGAUGAUUUUCUACUAUUUUUUAAAGCCCAUUUUCCGUGGGCUACCACUAAAGCUAAAAAGGAAACUCCCAAUGUAUUUUUUUAAAAGUUUAUAUACGACUUUUUAGUUCUAAAAUUUGUUUAGAAUGGUGUUAUAAAAUGUACACAUCUCUGGAGUUUCGUAACUCUAAAACAAUACUGUUAAUGCCCAUACAUUUGCAGAUUUAGUGGUACUUCACCAACAGUAAAAUUAUUUCUAUACUUUGCAUUUCACAAAUUCAUGUUCUAAAUAAAAUGUAUAUUUAUUGUAAGGUUUUCAGAAUGCAAGUGUAAAUAAUGUAAAUGUUUUAAUUUUUUUUUUUUUGGUAACUGGUAUAUUUGCACAUUCAAGUGAAUCACCAUAUAAUGUUUUUACAUUAAACUUCAAUUUAAAAAAAAGA